AGGCAGUGUGGUGGUGCGGCGGCGGAGGGGGGAUGUACCACGGCGGCGGAAGCUUCAUUUUUGUCUUUUUGUUACGGGCUUUUGUCCCUUGGACGCGGAUGAGCCGCACCGCCGCUCCCGGAAAAUGUGGACGGACAUGAGGAUGUUGUUACUUUUAUACGCGGCGCUACCGAAGCUUCUCGUCUCGGAAGUGAGUGAGGAGUGUGAGGAUGGACAGUUCCAGUGUGACAACAAAAGGUGUAUCCCCACCCUGUGGAGGUGUGACGACGAUGACGACUGCUCGGACAACAGCGACGAGGACAACUGCCCCAGGAAGACGUGCGGCCCCGCAGAGUUUGCCUGCCUGAACGGCCAGUGUGUCCCGGAGAGGUGGCGCUGCGAUGGGGAACCGGAGUGCCCCGACGGUUCCGACGAGGCGGAGGAGACGUGCAGCAAACAGACUUGCCCACCAGAGAAGUUCGACUGCGGGGGAUCCAAUAAGUGUGUCUCGUUGUCUUGGCGAUGUGACGGCGAGAGGGAUUGCGAGAACGGAGCGGAUGAGGAAGACUGUGCAUCUGAUGCCAAAGCCUGCCCCAGCGGCGAGUUCAUGUGCGCCAACCGCAAGUGUCUGGCCGCCGUCUUCUCCUGCGACGGCGACGACGACUGCGGGGACGGCAGCGACGAGCUGAAGUGCGCCUCGCCGCUGACCUGCGGUCCCAACCACCUGCGCUGCAACACCUCCGAGUGCGUGCCGCUCAUGUGGAGCUGCGACGGGGACCCCGACUGCGCCGACAGCUCGGACGAGGGGCCCGAACGCUGCGGCGCCGACGGCGUCCAUCCGGCCCACCGCCGGGCCAACUGCACGGCGGGGGAGUUCCGCUGCGCCAACGGGGAGUGUGUGCGACUCGGAUGGAAAUGUGACGGAGACCCCGACUGCAAGGACAAGUCCGACGAGUCCGACUGCCCCCAGCUGACGUGCCGCCCUGACGAGUUCCAGUGUGGCGACGGUUCUUGCAUCCACGGCACCAAGCAGUGCAACAAGGUGGACGACUGCCCCGACCACAGCGACGAAUCGGGCUGCCUCAACGCCACCAGAUGUGAGGGGCCGCUGAAGUUCCAGUGCAAGAAUGGCGAGUGUAUCGACAGUUCCAAAGUGUGCGACUCCGUCAAGGACUGCAAGGACCGCUCAGACGAGCCCAAGAAGGAGUGCGGGCUUAACGAGUGUACGAUCAACAAUGGCGGCUGCUCCCACGUCUGCGUGGACUUACCCAUCGGAUUUGAAUGUCAGUGCCCCGCCGGCUACCAGCUACUGGACAAGAAGACUUGUGGGGACAUCGACGAGUGUGAGAACCCGGACGCCUGCAGCCAGAUCUGCAUCAACUACAAGGGCGACUUCAAGUGUGAAUGCUACCAAGGCUACGAGAUGGAUCCAGUCACAAAGACGUGCAAGGCAGAGGGAAAAAGCCCGUACCUCCUGUUCACCAACCGACACGAGAUCCGACGCAUCGACCUGGUGAAGCGGGACUACAGCCAGGUGGUUUCCACCCAGAAGAACGCCGUGGCCCUGGACCUGGACGUGGCCAACAACCGGGUCUUCUGGUGUGAUCGUUUCCACCGGAAAAUCUACAGUGCCUUCAUCCACGAGGCCGGUGACCCGUCUCAGCAGGUGCCGCUGGUGGACGCCUCGCUGCAGACCCCCGUGGGUCUGGCUCUGGACUGGCUGCAGCACAACCUGUACUGGGCCGACUCUGGCGACAAGUCCAUCUCGGUGGCCUCGGUGGACGGCACCCGGAGACGCGUCCUCAUCGACACGGACCUCAGCGAGCCCCGAGCCAUCGCCUUGGACCCCCAUCACGGUUUCAUGUACUGGUCCGACUGGGGCACCCGAGCCAAGAUCGAGAAGUCCGGGAUGAACGGAGUGGACCGGCAGGUUCUGGUGGCGGACCACAUCGAGUGGCCCAAUGGGGUCACUCUGGAUGUGGCGAACCGCCGUCUGUACUGGGUGGACUCCAAGCUGCACCUCAUAGCCAGCGUGGACCUGAAGGGGGCGCACCGCAGGACACACAUGGCCAGCGCGGAGAGGCUGGGACACCCCUACGCUCUGGCCGUGUUCGAGGAUCGCAUCUACUGGACGGACCGAGACAAGGCCUCCGUCUUCAUGGCCAACAGACUGACGGGUGGAGACGUUCACACCUUGGCCGAAAACCUCAACGACCCUCACGACAUCGUGGUCUUCCACCGGCUGCGACAGCCCCAAGGUCCAGACAGCUGCAAUCUGGGCAGCGCGGCCAACGGAGGCUGCGAGUAUUUGUGUCUCAAAGCCCCCCAGAUUACGGAGCACUCCCCCAAGUACACCUGCGCCUGCCCCGACGGACAAGACCUCGGCCCUGAUAUGAGAGGCUGCGUGCCAGCACCGAGAAACGACAUGCCGCCGACAUCCUGGCCAGGUGCCGCCACGCCUGCUGCCACGGCAACUGCUCCCAAAGACACCCUGCCGCUUUCGGAGGGAGUGUCCCAGGCGGACGCCGCCGCGCUCCUGACGACAUCGCCCCUCAGCACGCUGAAGGCGGCGUCGUCGCAGGAGUCCAAGGCGCUGGGCUCUCACUCGACCGCCACCGUGACUGUUGAGUCCACCACGCCGGCGGGGGACAGCAGCGUGUCGCAACACUCUGGAGGCGAGCAUUUCAUCCUGGGUGAGAACCUGACAGUGGCAGUCCUAGGAGUGGUCAUCCCUAUUGCGUUGGAAGUCCAAGUUCCAGCGAUGGUCUUCGUGCCGCAUUCACCAUCUACAAAGGGGAGACUCCAGGCCGUUCCAAGAUCCAAGUUAAUGACUGACUUGGUGGAGUAUAAAGCCCGUGACCUUCCCCCGUGGCUCCUGGUCCCGUCUACCAGGAGGGAGACAGCUGUCAGCAGAAACCACAACAUGAGAACCAUUCUGAUCUGGAUCUUUGUCCUGGCUGCUGCCGGUCUCCCGGUCCUUUGUGACAGAGACCAGCAACCCGGGGCCCCGGCUGAAACCCGCUCCGGCUUCGCCGCCCUGGACGACGUGCAUCUACUCGCCAACGGCCUCCUCCAGCUGGGCCGGAGCCUGCGGGAGUUUGUGCUCAAGACCAAGGUGCAGAUCAACGGCAUCUUCCAGAAACUCAACAUCUUCGACCGCUCCUUCGACCAGCUGUCCGUGCUGGCCAGUGAAAUCAAGGAGGAGGAGCAGGAGCUGAAGAAGACCGCCGUGGUGCUGAGGGCCGACAACGAAGAGAUCAAGGGCCUGUCCGUCCGGAUCAACUCCAAGAUGGACACCAUCAUGCUGGAGAAGGGCCACCUGCAGAGCAAGGUGCAGGGCCUGGAGGAGAAGCUGAGUAGUUUGUCUCAAGGCGUGUUUACCGGCGACCAGGUCGGAGAGAUCAACGGCCUCAGGGAAGUGAUUAACACCCAGGAGCAAAGCAUCACCCAGCUCCUGAAGGCUAUGAGGGAGCAAAGUGACCAACUCAACUACCAGAGGACCAAGAUCAAGACUCUGGAGGAAAAGUUUACAGCCAGCUCUACCGCCCAGGAGACGGUUGAGAGGAUGCCUGAACCCUUCAUGAGCGAAGCACCAACACUUAGCCCCUAUCUGGCCUCCAGCGAGACAAAUGCAGUCGCAGAUCUACCAGCGGACUGCAGUCAACUCUUCAACAGAGGUGAGAGAACCAGCGGCGUGUACGCCAUCAGACCCAGUGGAUCCCAGCCCUUCAUGGUGUUUUGUGACAUGAGUGCAGAUUACGGAACAACCGUUAUCCAGCGGAGGAAGGACGGUUCUCUGAACUUUGAUCAAACCUGGGAGGAAUACGAGAAUGGAUUUGGAGAUUUCCACGGGGAGUUCUGGCUGGGUCUCAAGAAGAUGGGUCGCCUCGCUGCUCAGGGCAACUCGGUCCUCCACAUCCAGCUGCAGGACUGGAGACAAAACCAGCGCUUCGUUGAAUACCUUUUCAAUCUCGGUGGUCCGGAGAGCAACUACACGCUCCGCCUCGAGCUGCUGUCGGGAGAUCUGACCGACCUCAUGAGGAACCACACAGACACGAUGUUCUCCACGCGGGACAGGGACAAUGGCAAGAACCAGGACUCCAACUGUGCCCGCAGCUACACAGGUGGUUGGUGGUUCAGCAGUUGUGGAGACACCAACUUGAACGGGAGGUACUUCCUCGUGAGAUCAAAGGGGCGUUCGGACCGGCGACGAGGAAUCCUUUUGAAGUCCGGACGUACAUCCUCUUACACGCUCAAGUUCACACAGAUUUCAGUCCAUCCCCUCGGCACCUCCACCUCGCCCUCCGAAACUGGCGGCUUUCUGGCAAACAGCACAGACGUUCGCCAGUGACGAGUCAACCGCAACCACAGUCUACAGCGGCCUCUAAAGGGGAGCUUCGGAAGUGCUCCGUGUGGCCAGCCGGGGUCUCAGUGGCCACAGUUUGGGACUUUGGCCACAGGAUGUAAGCUUAGAGACCAACAGUUGUCAGUUGUUGUUGAAGAAAAUGUCAAAUGUCAAAUCGGAAUCAUGCUGCAAGAGUACAAGCUGGUCUGGUCCUCAGGCUGUGACGCCACACGGUACUUCGGUUUUGGUUCGUAGUCAUGCCAAUCGAACUAAUCUGUUCUAGAGAGCUGAAAAUAAGACACAUUUUACAGAGGUAAGUAUGGUUUCACAUGCAGACAACAAUGCAAAAUACCAUCAAAUAAAUAAAUACGUUUUACAUCUAA